AUGACAGAGACUAUUGAAUCCAUGUCAAAGGGUAUUUUCCACAAUUUAAUUACAACAAUCAUUCAAGAUAUUGUUGCCAGAGAAACGACAAGGCAACAACUACUAAGAGCAAGGUAUCCUGAUCUUAAGCCGUACUUUUAUGAUCCCAAGCACGAAUUGGAUGUUUUUGGCCAACCAAAACAACAAGAAUCCUCACAUUAUAUAAGCUGUUCAAAUUGUAGCAGAAAAGUUUCAGCAAACCGAUUUGCGGCUCAUCUACAGCGGUGUUUGAGUAGAGGUGCCAGAAAAUGA